CACGCUCAGCACAUUACUUUGGACGGGUUGUGAAUAGAUACAGUACAGCUACGAACGGAAGUGACUUUUCAUAGUACGCUAGUAGAGGAUUUUAGCUAACCCUUUUCCUAACCUAAUUAUCCUAACCUGCUACGAAAAAGUAACUUACGGUCAUGGAUGUAUACCCAAAUAUAUGUUCUAUCUGUGCCACCACAUAGUCGAAACCCUUUGGACGAGCAUCUGUUAGUGUUUACUGAAUGACAUCACUUCAUCCAAACAUUCCCUGCAACUCUCAAAUCUCUCUGCUGGAGGGUAAUGGAUUGGAAGAUGUAAAGAUAAAGUUUUCAGAUGUCCUGUCUAAGAUGAUUGAACUCACAAACCAGAAACCCUGAAGGGACUCCUGGACCCCUGACAGCUAGCCCAGCCUGUCAGCGAUGUCUCCCAAAGUUCCUGGCCAUGGCAGGUCGGAGGACAUGGCGGUGCAGGUCGCUGUUCGAGUGCGCCCCCUGCUGCCCAAGGAGCUGCUGCACAGACACGAGAGCUGCAUGACGGCUGACCCUGAGCAGCGCAGGGUCACUCUGGGUCACGACCGACACUUCCAUUGUGACUUCCUGUUUGAGGAGAACAGCUGCCAGGAGGAGGUGUACGCUGUGUGUGUCCAGCCCCUCAUAGAGGCCUUCUUUCAGGGUUUCAACGCCACUGUCUUCGCCUAUGGACAGACAGGCUCUGGCAAGACAUACACUAUUGGAGAGGCCAACAUUUCUUCCUUUAGGGAUGAGGAGCAGGGCAUCGUCCCCAGGGCUGUGGCUGAGGUCUUCAAGCUGCUAGAUGAGAAUGACCUCAGUGACUUCUCUGUCCGAGUGUCAUACCUGGAGGUGUACAAGGAGGACUUCAGGGACCUGCUGGAGGUGGAGACAUCCAGCAAGGACAUCCACAUCAGAGAGGAUGACAAGGGCAACAUUGUGCUGUGCGGGGUGAAGGAGUGUGAGGUGGAGGGGCUGGACGAGGUGCUGAGCCUGCUGGAGUCUGGCAACACAGCCAGACACACAGGCGUCACCCAGAUGAAUCCCCACUCCAGCCGCUCACACACCAUCUUCAGCGUGCACAUGGACCAGCGCCGCGGCGGCUCCCAGGCCCAUGGUAACCCCACCACGGGCACUGGGCCUCACAUCUUCUCCUCUAAGUUCCACUUUGUGGACCUGGCAGGGUCGGAGAGGAUCCUCCGCACAGGGAACACAGGGGAGAGGCUGAAGGAGAGCAUCCAGAUCAACAGUGGCCUACUGGCCCUGGGGAAUGUCAUAGGAGCCCUGGGAGACCCCAAGAGGAGAGGCACCCAUAUACCAUACAGGGACUCCAAAAUCACCAGGAUCUUGAAAGAUUCUCUGGGAGGAAACGCCAAAACACUAAUGAUUGCAUGCAUCAGCCCCUCCUCUGCGGACUUUGACGAGAGCCUGAACACACUGAACUACGCCAAGCGGGCCCGCAACAUCCAGAACCGGGCCACGGUGAACUGCCGAGGAGAGCCGGACCGUGUGGAGGGGCUGGAGCAGCAGAUCCGGGCGCUCCGCAGGGCCCUAGAGAACCGUCAACGCUCAGAGACCCGUAUCAUCGCCCGCUUGGACCCAGACAAGCGGUCGCGCCCAGGAGAGGGAGAGAUCAUCAGACUGCAAGCCCAGAGUGCCCACUACAGGACCUGCACUGACACUGCAUACAGGUUGCUGUGUGAGCUGCAGGGUGAGGGGACACUGUCUGCGGAGCAAGUCCUGAGGGUGAAGGACUGGCUGUGUUCUGUGGAGGAAGAACGCAGCGGCCUGACCACUGCCUCAGGACCUGACAGCGGCAUCGAGAGCAGCUCCACCGAAGACACCUCCGCUCUGAGGAGGGGGAGGGCUGCUGUCAAGAACCAGGAGGCAGAGAGUGGUGGAGAGGAGUUGGGCCGUGAGAGGGAGGAGAGUGUGGCUCAGCUCCAGAGUGAUAAGCUGCAGGAGCAGCAGGAUGUGAUAGUGGAGCUGCAGUGUCUGCUCUCAAGGCCAGGUGUACCCGGGCUAGGAUUACUCCUGACACCACGCCCCCACACCGCCCCCCAGGGCUCCAUGCGCCACUCCCACAAUGGACUCACCAACAGACAGGUUGGUCCACUGGGCUGUGUGGAGAGCAGCUCGUUUGGUGACCAGAUCCAGUGUGGUUAUGGUCAAUCUUCUCAUGACCACGAGGACCUGGGAGGGGGAGAGGUGAAGGACUCUGAGGAGGAGGACACUUACGUCAACAUGAGCCAUGACAGACGGAAACACGUGAAUCUGACUUGGACUAAGAGAGAUAUCAUGGGUGGAUCAGCACCUGGAGGGAGAGGUCUCCUGUCUCAGCUGCCUAGGCUGCCUCCCUCUGAACAAUUCUCCACCAGGCGACCAUCCAACUCCAGUGUAGGGGAGAGCUCAGUGGGGCUGGGGUCAGAGUGGGGCCUGCUACAGGCCCAGCAGAAAAUCAGAGAGCUGUCUGUCACCAUCCGCAUGAAGGAGGAGCUCAUCAGAGAACUGGUUAAGACAGGUAAGGACGCCCAGGCUCUGAACAGGCAGUACACCCGUAAGAUCUCUGCCCUGGAGGGGGAAGCUGAGCAGGCCAGGCAGGAGGUCCAGGAGGCCCAGAGACAGCUUCAGGACCUGGAGAAACAUGAGAAGGAGACCAGCGGUGUCACUGACAGGACCAGGGCCCAGGAGUGUCGCAGGAAGAUAGCUGCAGCACAGAACAAAGUACAGGUCCUGAGCCAGCGUCAGAGGGACACUGCACGGCUGGCCAUGCUGUCUGCGCAGAGCGAGCGGCGUGUUUUGGAGCUGGAGCGCAGCGUGCAGGGCAUGAGGCAGCAGCAGGAGCAGCUGCAGAGACGUCUGCGACACGAGAGCCAACAGAAACGACGCCUGGAGACAGAGAUGCAGCGACGCACGCACCGAGUCAAGGAGUUGGAGAUAAAGAAUGAACAGCAGCAGAAGAUCUUGAGGAUAAAGACGGAGGAGAUUGCUGCCUUCCAGAGACAGAGACGCAGCGGCAGCAACGGCUCUGUCAUAUCACUGGAGGAGCAACUGAAGAUUGAGGAGCAGAAGCGCUGGCUGGAUGAGGAGAUGGAAAGUGUUCUGGAGCAGAGGAAAGGACUGGAGGACCUGGAGGGCGAGCUGACCAAGAGGGAACAGAUCCUAGCCAAGAAGGAGGCCCUGCUGCAGGAACGCAGUGGCCUGGAGACCAAGAGACUCCGCUCCAGUCAGGCCCUCAGUGAGGACCUGGUGACAUUGUCUGGCCGUAUCGAGUCUCUGGAGCGGGAGCUGAGUGAGAGGAAUGGCCUGCUCCGCAGCAGCAGUGCCCAGGACUCCCAGCAGAUCCGCCAGGAGAUCAACAACCUGCGCCAGGAGAAGGACACACUGCUCAAACAGAGAGUGGAGCUGGAUGACAAACUACGGCAGGGUAGUCUGCUCUCACCAGAGGAGGAGCGGUCUGUGUUCCAGCUGGACGAGGCCAUCGAGGCUCUGGACGCUGCUAUAGAGUAUAAGAACGAGGCCAUCACCCAGAGACAGAGGCAGCUGAGGGCCUCUGCCAGCAUGCUCUCCCAGUGGGAGAUGAACCUCAUGGCCAAACUCAGCUACCUGUCUGCCUCAGAGACCCGUGCACUGCUCUGCAAGUACUUUGACAAGGUGGUGUCGCUGCGGGAGGAGGAGCGUAAACUGCAGCUGGCCCUCGCAGAUCUAGAGAUGCGUGGUGAGGAGCAGUUGCAGCUGGUGCAGUGGCUGGAGAACGCUCUGGACCGCACGCAGCUCGAUACGGACCGCAGGCUCACACAGCAGCAGAAGGAGCACGAGAGGAGUGUACAGCUACUGCUGCAGCAGUGCCGAGAGCAAAUGGACGAGGGCCUGGCGGGGAGGCAGAGGCAGUACGAAGGCUGGAUCCAUAACCUCAGUAAAGAGCUCAACCACUACAAGACUGCCAACCUGGAACUGAGCAACCGGUUCAGGGAGCUGUGUGGCAACACCAGCCAACCCAUGGAGCAGGGAAAGGUUCCAGUCUUUGAGGGCAGAAUAGGCAGUGGCAGUGUGGAGAGGCUGAGCCGAGGCCCAGACGACAGCCGUAGGGGAGGGCCAGGGGAGCCAGAGAGACCAACCAGGUCCCGGGAAGAAAUAAGGGAGCUGGUCAACGCACCUCUCCCUGCCACAUGGAGGCGCUCCUCCCUCCCCACCGAGGACCCCUGCGGCAUGGAGGAGCUACAGCAGCAGGUGGCCAUGGAGACGCCUGUAAACCGGGUGGUUCAGACUGUUACGGGCCCUUGGAGUGGGACAACAUCUCUGCCAUUUGCCAAAUCACGCAGAGAGUCCCGCCGAUCCAGCCUCAACACCGGACCACUGAUCUCAAACAAUUCCAGAAUUGAUGUGAGGAAGAAUCCUGUUUAAAAGCACAAGGACCUCAUGGUAGAAUCAAGUUGAAAUGCAAAAGGACUUAAUGGCAGGAUCCUGUUUAAAAUGCAACAGAAUCAAGUUCAAUUCAACAUGUCAAAAUGAACUUGUUUUUUUAUCCUGUUUUCAUAUUGUUAAAAGUAUGUAUUUUUUUUUUUACCUGUAAGUAUCUGUUGUAUUCAUUCAUUCUUAUUUUUCUAUAUUUGUGGUUUUAUAAAUAAAUGUUGGAAGAAUGCUCUUCAUUUUCUAUAUCAAGCACUUUUCUUUUCCUCCGUGUAAUUCAUAUCCGUUUUUACAAUCAUAGAUGUUGUCAUCAUCGGUUAUACUCUUCACUGUUGCUAUUUUGUCAUCACUACCCAUUUCUGUAUGUGAAAUAAAAUACGAUUCUUGCUUCUGUAAUCUCUGACUGAAUAAUAUGUUGUAAAGGCGUAAUAUAAAAAAAUAUUGAAAGUU